AUGCUCGUGGGUGAAAUGAUUACAAAACGAAGAGUACCCACAUUUUCAAAGAUCUUGCAACAUACAGCAUUUUAUAGCUCUCCUGCUUAUGGUGGUGGACCCAAUGGAGUAGAUGGGAGACUUCCAGGAGGAUUUACCAGUCAAGAAAAUGGUACACCAGGUACUUCUACUUCUAUAACCAUUACGGAUCCGUUCAUUUUGUACCAAAAUUAUGUAGCUCAAGGAAUGUUAAAAAAGGACGAAUCGCAACUAAGGGUAAUGAAGGAAUUUCAAAAGCUAUACUAUAGACUCAAAGACUACAAACCUCCAGAUGAAUUGAAAAUUAAAAUAAAUUUACUUAUUAGAAAGAUGGAAAUAAAGCGUGCAGAAGAGAUUGCCAAAGGAAGAGGAUUUCAAGACGGAAGCACCAGCAGCGGUACUUUUUUCAAGUUGAGAAACUUCCAGAAUAUGUUAAGAGCAGACCCAGAGGCGCAGAAGAAAGAGUUGAUAAGGGUAAUUACAGAUGAAGAAGAGCUAUAUUCUAUGGCAUCUCCGCAGGGAUUAUUGCUAAAUGGGGAAGUAGGGUGUGGAAAAUCGAUGUUAAUGGACAUAUUUGCAUCGUCAUUACCACUUGAAUCUAAGAUGAGAUGGCACUAUAAUAACUUUAUUCUCUGGGUAUUUAACGAGAUGCAUAAUAUUCAAAAAGAAAGACUAUUCACCUCUGCAAUGAUGAGUAAAGAGUUGGCUGAACAACUGUUACUCAGCCAAAGACUCUCUAUGGAGAACGAGUUCGUUUUAUUUGAAAUUGCUCAAAAAUUAAUUGGUAAGAGUACAAUCCUAAUGCUAGAUGAGUUCAUGCUUCCAGACAUUGCUGCUGCAAGUAUUGUGAAGAUCUUGUUCACCUAUUACUUUAAAUUAGGAGGUGUGCUAGUUGCGACUUCAAAUAAACUACCGGAAGAUCUUUACUCGAACGAGUUCCAUAAGAAGAAUUUCCAUAGUUUCGUAAGCAUAUUGCAUAACAGGUGCCAAACUGUUGACAUGAGAUCUGAAAAGGACUAUAGGAUACUAAAUUGUGAACCUAACGAAGUUGAAAGGAACUUGGUAAUAAAAUCGGACAAUCUCGACAAUCAUAGUGAAAUCUGGAAAGAACUUAUUGAAGGAUUGGUGGGUGUUCCCAUUGCCGAUGGUACUCCGAGCCAUAUUCAGGUUUAUAAUAGGACCACAUAUAUUCCUUUGACAUACAAGAACAAUACUAUUUGUUACUUAGAUUUUCUGCAUAUUUGUGAAGGUUUAUUCUCAGCUUCAGACUAUAUUACCCUUGCCUCUACAUAUGGGACUAUCAUAAUAGAUAAUGUCCCUAUAAUGACGCUAAAGAUGAAAAACGAGGCAAGAAGGUUUAUCACAUUGUUGGACGCAAUUUAUGAAGCGAAGUGCCAAUUUUAUAUGAGAAGUGAAGUUGAAAUACUGAGGUUAUUCUUCCCGGAUGAGAACAGUGAAGGUUCAGAUGUGAAUAACAUCCAAGUUCAGAAUGAAGAAAUGUUUGCUAAAACAGUGAUGGAUUUAGAGAGUCCGUAUAGACCCAACGUUUCCUAUUACACGGGAGGUAAUACGGAAUUCGUAGAGGGUAAGCGGAAACAGGUCAAUUCGGCUACAAACUACCAAAACACCAGUGCUUUCACUGGAGAGGAUGAGAAGUUUGCCUACAAGAGAGCUGUGCUGAGAAUCCAAGAAAUGGUUGGUUCCAAACAAUGGAGCGGUAACCAAUGGGUACCCAUAGAUGAGAGUAUGAGGCCCUGGGAAUGCGUAGAGACAACGAAUUUUGAGCCUAUUGCAGUUAAUAGAGUGCAGUUGGAUAAUAAGGACCCACCAACAAAAAUAGAUCUGCAACAUAUCUGGUCCAUGGGCCACUGGACCAAGCUAAACGGUAGAAGGAUAAAAGAUGAGAUUACUAGAAAAUGGAUAAGAAGCGGAAUGAGGGACUAA